AUGGGCAGAGAAGAUAUCGAGUUCAAAACCUCGGACCGGGUCACCCUGAGAGGAUGGUUCUACAGCAGCGAGCUCAUCACUUCACCCAAAGCUCCAUGUCUGGUCCUGUCCCAUGGCUUCUCGGCCUUGAAGGAAAUGGACCUCAAUACCUUCGCUGAGCAUUUCAUCUCAAAACUCCCCAUCCAUUGUCUGGUAUAUGACAACCGUGGGUUUGGCGACAGCGAUGCCGCCGAGGGUGAACCGCGCUACGAGAUUGUCCCCAUGACCCAAUGCAGCGACAUGUCCGAUGCCAUCACAUACGCCGCUUCAAGGUCGGAGGUCGAUGCCGACAAGAUCGGUAUCUGGGGGUCGUCCUACAGUGGUGGACACGUUCUCUAUGUCGGCGCCGUAGAUCGAAGGGUGAAAGCAGUCCUGAGCCAAGCGCCAUGCGUGAGCGGCUGGGAUAAUUUUAAACGACUCGUUCGAGGAGACUUUGAGGUUGGGUUCAAUGCCGCUUUCGCAGCAGAUCGACAAGCGAGAGCAGAAGGCAAAGAGCCGGUAAUGGUACCUGUGGUGGACGCUGACCCUCUCAAACCAUCUGCCCUGCCUACUCCCGAUAGCUACGAGUUCUUCUCUUCGUGGGAGAAGAAGUCCAAUUGGAAGAAUACUGUGACAAUGAAGACUGUCGAGCUCUUCCGAGCGUAUGAGCCACAACAGCUCAUUGACAAAAUCUCCCCGACUCCCCUGCUCAUGACUAUUGCGAGUGGUGAUGUCCUGACGCCGGCUGAUUUGGCCUUGGGAGCAUUUGCUCGGGCGAGAGAACCAAAGCAGCUGCAGCUCUUGCCCUGCGGACAUUUUGAAGCAUACUCGGGCCCCUUGUUCGAGAGGAACGCAGGCACCCAGACCGAGUUCUUGAAAAAGUGGUUGGUUGAGAGCUGA